AUGCCGGAAUCCGCAGUGAAAGAUAACUCAACGAAAGAAGUGUGUAACACCAAAAUGUUUAAAAAUCCUAUGAUCGAGGGAGUGAAAUGGAUUGAGCGAUAUGCAUACACAAUCGAUAAAUUUUGGAUAAAAUUGCCAGAAUAUAUGCGGAAUACCUUCGUUACUUUUGCUGUGUUACUAAUGGCGUCUACUAUUAAAGGUGACUGGAUUGUGAUUGUUGUACAUCUGGUAAAACACUUCAAUGGCGCGGGCGCAAUUACCGGAGAGCAGUUGAAUGACUCGUUGUACCAUACGAACGCGACAGGCGAAGUGACUUGGAAUGAUAUACUCGGGUUUAUGGGCCUGCAAGGGCUUCCGCACUUUCUGCUCUGGGCAAUCACUGGAUCGUUUCUAAUCUAUUUUGCCGUUGGUGGAUUUAUUCACUGGUAUUACUAUACCAAUCGGCGCGAUAGGCCACAUGAGUGGAAGUGCCAACCUGAAAAAUUUAUGUCCCCAGAGCUGGAGCUACAUGAAGUAUUCGUAGGUUCAUUCUCAUUGUUAUUAAUGAGUUGUCUGAGCGGAAUAUUAUCUUGUUACGCCAUGAAUAAUGGAAAACUUCUUACGCUCUACUACCGUUGGGAUGAGUAUGGAUGGUGGUGGUUUUUCGCGCAAAUUAUUGUUAUAUUUAUUUAUCAGGACUAUUUAACUUAUUGGCUUCAUAGAAUUUAUCACUGGCCUUGGCUUUAUAAAAAUUUUCAUAAACUACACCACACCUAUAAGCAACCAACUGCUUUUUCAGUAACUGCGAUUCACCCGGUGGAAAUUUUACAUGUUCAACUCACUAUGCUUUUGCCAAUAUUUGUCAUUCCGACGCAUUGGGUUGCUUUUUACAUAGUCGAAAUGUACACGUAUGCGCAUGGUAUUUUGAACCACAGUGGGGUCAACAUCAAAUCAUUUUGGUGGCAACCUUGGCAACCGGAUACGAUGUUCCAUGACAAUCAUCAUCAGUACUUCCAUGUUAACUUUGGCUUCAACAUCUACAUCUGGGAUGUACUGCAUGGAACCUAUCGGCAAAAGGAUCGUGUUUAUUCGGAGGAUAUUUUCUAUGGAAAAGGAAAAGGUUUUGAUGAGGUUUCCAGCAAGCAACUAUUGGACGAUUUCGCUGAGCGCAAAACAGAAAAUCCGCGAGCCUAUAGGAGCAAUGUCAACGAAUAUGAUAUUAACAAUGUUCUCGUGAAUAAAUUAAUGAACAAAAGUAGGAAAUAA